UUUCACAACACGUGUCUUAAGCAUACCUCGUGGUGGUGCUUAUGUCCGAUGAAAACUGUGCACGUCAGCGUGAGAAUCACCUGAGGUAUCCGCUGAAGGCACUCUUGGAUCAAAUGCGAUACAACGUGGCAUUUGCGGCUGCUCUAUGUUCAAUGACACUUCUGUUGGCAAGCGGGGCGCCUUGGCCCAGAAAAAGAGAAACAGUGUGGCCGCUUCUCCUAGAGGAGCGAAGCGCCGGAGAGGAGCUGAUUGUAAUGGUUACGCGUGAUAUUGUGUUACGCCUCCAAAGGGCUUCUCCACUUGCAAAAAAUGUUCGGGUUGUCCGCAUGUUUGAUGUGGCUAACCUUACUAGCCAUCCGGAAGACAUUCAAAUAGAGUCACGUGAAGUAUACGAACAUGCAGAGUCUUCAACUGUGCUACUAAUAACGACAGAAAAGGGACUCCGGAUUAAAGGAGUCAUCAAUAACAAUAUCAGAGUAUCAUACGACGAUAACCAAGAAAUAAAAAAUGGUGAACCUGUACCUCAUUUCCUGGAUAUCAUUCAUCAUCUUGUGGGCAGCGCCACUUGGGUGAAUGACGCAUCCGGAUCACAGGCCAAUGUUCUGCCACUUUCAAUGUUUCGCAAGCUCAAGACGACAACCCUGAUGCCCAGUAGCGCAGUUCUGAGAUCAUAUGGUGGCAACACGAUCAAGCACAUCGGCAAGUUUUCAGCGCUUAUCGGGAUUGGUGGUCGCAAGGCGUGCGCAGAAUUUUUUGUAGUAAAGAAGGACCACAGCACUACCUUAGGAUUGGACAACAGCGAGAAGCUUACAGCGGGCUGUUGA